GACGUCGAGGCAGGCUCGGCCCAUCCGGCCCCGCACAAUGUGACCGGCGGCCAAGACAGCGCCGGAGGCAGCACCGCCCACAGCUGCACGCGGAGGAGGAUAGGAUGGUCUCCCACUCGGAACUGAGGGAACUCUUUGGCUCCGCAGAUGCGGUUUGCUUUGACGUGGAUAGCACCGUAAUCAGGGAAGAAGGAAUCGAUGAACUGGCCAAGUUCUGCGGCGUUGGGGACGCCGUGUCCGAAAUGACGCGGAGAGCGAUGGGCGGCUCGGUGCCGUUCAGAACCGCCCUGACCCAGCGAUUGGCCCUGAUCCAGCCUUCCAGGGACCAGGUGCAGAAACUGCUAUCCGACAGCCCCCCACAGCUCACUCCCGGAAUAAGGGAGCUGGUGGGCCACCUGCAGCAACACGGUGUCCAGGUCUUCCUGGUGUCCGGCGGGUUUCGAGGCAUCGUGGAACACGUCGCUUCGCGGCUCGGUAUCCCAGCCCACAAUGUAUUUGCCAACAGACUGAAGUUCUACUUCAAUGGUGACUACGCCGGCUUUGACGAAACCCAGCCUACGGCAGAGUCCGGGGGAAAAGGCAAGGUCAUCCAUCUCUUGAAGGAGAAGUUUCACUUUAAGAAGGUGGUGAUGGUGGGGGAUGGAGUCACGGACAUGGAAGCCUGCCCUCCGGCGGAUGCUUUCGUCGGCUUCGGCGGCAACGUGGUCAGGCAGCAAGUGAAGGAAAAUGCCAAGUGGUUCAUCACAGACUUUGUGGAACUCCUUAGAGAGCUGGAAAGGGGACGCCGGCCUUAAUACACUUGAAUCUAUUCGGGGCCGCCCGCCAGAACUCAACUCUGUAGAUUGAUAUCGUUUGCCUAAGCUCACCCGCGGCAUUUUCUCUGUCGAAAUGCGAGGCAGGCGCCUGCUUGUCUGGGGAAAUCCUGGGUAGGGCUCCGAGCGGGCCCCUCUCCUCCCCUCCUUGGUGCUUCACGGGGGUUUUGCCCACCCAUUCGGGCAUUUUUCUAGGCCAAACUCCCCAGAUCUUUUUGUAACUGCUGUUCUAGCCUUCCCCAAGGCUGGGAGUAAGAUAAAGGUGUUUUCGCUCUGGUAGCUCUGGAUUAAGUCAAAGGAAAUCCCUCUUUUUCGCCAAUACCCAACCUAGGUAAAGGAUUGCCCAUAUCUGAAAAUCCCAGUGCCCAUAGGCGGCGGACCAUUGAGCCGGGAUGGUGGCCUUCCCAAUGCUCCAGUUGUGUUUCUCCAACAAGGUGUUUCUGGCAACAAUGCAGUAAGUGGCCCAAAAAGAUUAAAACAACAGGAAGCGAAGAGUACGAAUGCUACUGUCAAGUGAGACUCCCAUGGCAACCACCAUCACCUCAACUACUUCCAUCACCUCCUCACCUCCAUCGCUUCCCUCAGCACUGUCAACAUCACCACCACUACCUCCACCACCAUCAUCAUCAUCUUCAUCAACAUCACCACCCUCACCUUCCUCUCCUCCAUUAACAUCACUAUCGUCACCUUCCUCCAUCACCAUGACCACUACUACCUCCGUCACCACCAUAAGCACUGGGUGAGCAUCUACUCCCUGAACAUCACAGUACCACGUACUGGGGAAACUGCAGAAAGGAGCAAUCCCUGGCGAAAUUUUGCUAGGAGGGACUGAACAAUGGAGUAGGUGGCCUUUUGCCCCCAUAGAAAGUUCAUGGAAAUGGUUCAAAAAGUCUCAACUCCAGAAUAGCAGAACCCCAAACGAGAGCAGCACUGAUCUUUAAAAACACUAUCGUCAGAUCAAAAUAAUUCUUAGAAACCCAAGUUAAAGGUCAGAAAUAUUUUACCCUUUUACAACUGAAACCAUUCCUAACAAACGGCAUUGAUACCAAGUAGGCUUCAGACAAAGGCUUGAAAAGAUGUGAAAUUUACAUUUCCUUUUGUUCUGAGCCAAGCCAGGGAAAAGGAAAUAGCAGAAGACUCCAUUUGAUCACAAGC